CGUCUAGUCAUUUGUUAGUUUGUGUCGUGCAAGUCUCACAGAAUUGCAUACAUAAAAAGCAACUUUAUAAGAGAAACUUUAUUUAUCGUUUAUUGUUGAUAUUCGAUUUACUUUGCACAAUAAUGGCAGAGAAAGAUAAUUCAUUUGUUAAGUUUAUGAAUAAUCUAUAUUACGCAGUAGAUGCACCCGUCACUUAUAUCCGAGAAAAAUUCAUAGUGCCGAAUCAAAAGAAAUAUCCAUGGUAUCAUCAACAAUACCGUCGUGUUCCAACAAUCGACGAAUGUUACACGGACGAUAUAGUUUGUUAUACCGAAGCAAAUUGUCAAUUUAUGCGCGAUAAAUCGGUAGAAGAUGAAAUUUUAUUCAUAUUGAGAAGUCGUUAUGAACACUGUGUUUUUUAUCACGGCGAUGACCGUCAUUUGUGCGAUGAUUUAAUGAAAGCUUACUUCGACGCGAGUGCUGCGUGGUUUGCAAAAUAUGGCGAUAUGGGUAUAGCUUUAAAUGUUAAAAAUGCAUACAUGAAACAGAAACAUCGUAUGAUUUGGGAACGUCGUCAUGGUCCAGUAGGUAGCGGCAUGAGAAGUCAACCAACUGAGGCGUAGCAAUUUAUAUCAAUAUUGUAGAUUAUAACUUAACGGCAAACGCAUUCGCACAUUAUGAGUCUGAAUUGCAAGUUUGCAUUACUGUACAGAUAUAUAUAUAUAUAUAUAUAUAUUAUGAAUUGAAUAAGGAAGGAUAAUAAAAAUAAUU